AUGGGUGAGCUUGUAAAUGCUGCAAGAACAUUAGGUGAAACAGGAAAUUUUGUAGAUGGUUUUAAAAGACUUGUUUCAAAUGUUUUAACAAACACAAAGAAAUUAUUUAGAUGUACCAUACAUAACGGUCAGAUUUUCGAACAGAUAGCAACAAACCCUCCGGUUAUGGCUGCGUUGAUGAUGGUUAGAGAUAUAAAACCACGUAGCGGUGAGGGCGAAGAACAUGAACAACAGGAUACUGGUCGGGUUAUUCGAGACAUUAAAAACGUGUAUCCUGAAGUUAUUGAUUUAUUUAGAGGAGUUAAUGAUUCAAUUUCAAAACAUUCUAUAACCCUCGAUGAAGAGAAUAAAUUAACAGAUUAUAUAUUCGUCAUUAUUGCAGAAUUAAUGAAGAGAAUAAAUGAAAAAGGAAUUAGUGAUAUCAUUAAUGUCAGCGAUGUAAUGAUGAAAAGAAAUUUUGACUCAUUAUUUACAAAACCGAAAACAGAAUAUAGUCUUUAUGACGUAAUUACCGAAUUAAUGAAAAAGAUUAAUGAUAAUAAGAGUUCUGGCGGGAGAGUUGAAUUAGAAGUGAAUGAUGUUAAUGAGAAAUUAGCCGAAAAAGCAGACAAAAAUGAGCUUUUAGCUCUGAGUGAUAAAGUCAAGAACCACGUUCAUUAUAUAACUUCAGACGAACAGAUUAUAACGGACUACCAUGGAUAUUUAACACGAAGUGAAGAAGUGAAGACGGAAGAUGUUAAUGAAAGAAGAUAUAAAUACAUUCGUGCUAAAGGUUAUGACAUAAGCUGUACUGUACAGUAUGACACGGGUAAAACACCAGAAGCAUUUAGUUAUAACGAUGAAAUUUAUGCCUCUACUUUCUCUGUUAAAGAUGUAUUAGUUGAACCAAGAUUUACUUUGAGAGUUAAGUCAAAAAUAACGUUUGAAGAUGCUAUUAAAAAUAAAGCUGACAAAGUUGAACUCGAAGCAACGAACAAAGUUUUGAAAUCUCAUAAACACAACAUCUCCGAUAUAAAUGAACUUCAAGCUACAUUAAAUAGUAAAGCGGACAAAAAUGAACUUGACGCAAUGAACAAAGUUUUGAAAUCUCAUAAACACAAUAUCUCCGAUAUAAAUGAACUUCAAGCUACAUUAAAUAGUAAAGCGGACAAGAACCAUGUUCAUUAUAUAAGUUCAGACGAACAGAUUAUAACGGACUACCAUGGAUAUUUAACACGAAGUGAAGAAGUGAAGACGAAAAAUGUUAAUGAAAGAAGAUAUAAAUUCAUUUGUGCUAAAGGUUAUGACAUACACUGUACUGUACAGUAUGACACAGGUAUAGCACCACAAACAUUUGGUUAUAACGCUGAAAUUUAUGCUUCAUACUUCUUUGUUAACGGUGUAUUAGUUGAACCAAGAUUUAUGUUAAGAGUUAAGGCAAAAAUAACUUUUGAAGAUGCUAUUAAAAGUAAAGCGGACAAAAAUGAACUUGACGCAAUGAACAAAGUUUUGAAAUCUCAUAAACACAAUAUCUCCGAUAUAAAUGAACUUCAAACUUCUUUAGACAACAAAGCAGACAAAAACCAUACACAUGAAUCCUUCACUACUGUUAGAGCUGAUGACAUAAUACUGAACUUUGACCUUGGUUCAAGUGCACCUUUAGAGAAUCCAAGUACAAGCGUAAAAGAUACUCUUAACAAUUUAGAUAACAGUUGCAGGAACAUUGAAGGUCAUGCCAGAAACUUUGAAGCACAUGAACUACCAGCAAUGUUAGAUAAGAAAGCAGACAAAACUUAUGUGGAUGCAGAACUAACAAAGAAAUUUUCGAAACCAGAUACAAUGACAUUUACAACAGAAAUUAUAAAUGGUGAACCAGCAACUCCAUUUGAAUUUGUUAGAGGUCUUCAACCAGAUACUUUUGAAUUUUUCUUGGAUAAUUCUAUUGAACUAACAUUACAUUAUAAAAGUGGAACAAAUGCAACAUUUCAUCCGGGAGAUACAUUCCAAAUGGUAUUUAAUGACAUAAGUUCUUUAGAAUAUGUUUAUAGAGUUAUGAGCAUAUAUGAUUUAAUAUAUCCUAUAGGAGCUGUUUAUACGUCUAUGAAUCCAAUAAAUCCAAACACUUUAUUUGGUGGUAGAUGGUAUGAAAUAGUUGACAGUUUUCCAUUCUACACUAAUACGCAGUCAAUGAAGAUGGGAGGUUCAAAGAAAAUAGGUAUUGAAAACCUUCCUUCACAUAUGCAUAGGUUCAGUGGAAGAACAUCUGUGGAAGGAAACCAUUCACAUUCAAUAACAAAAAGAGGUUAUAUAAAUCUUGCAGCGGGUUCGAAUAGACAGGGAAUGAACAGAUAUAAUAUCUCAGAUGACCCCAAAGAUGUUAGCACAGGUAUUUUCUGUGGAACUGCAGGAAAUCAUACACAUGUUGUAGCUGGUAUUACAGACCCAGCAGGUAAUGGAAAAGAUUAUAUGCCUCCUUAUAUAACAAUGCACGCUUGGAUACGAGUUGGUUAA